AUGUUGACCAUUAUUGGACGAAACUUCUCACAUCAGAUUGUCCAAUCGACUUUCCGAAAAGCACGGACCCCGAGCUUCUACGCCUACCAGUCACGGUUAUAUCCUCAGCGCGAAUGGCGACCUCUACAAAUAGACGAUUAUGUUGAUUCCACAUCUGCCAUUCCGGGGUCCUCCUCUCCCGUGAACCUCACUUCAUCCGAAUUUGAGGUUGACCUUGAUGACCUUGACGAGGAUGAGCAUGACGCUCGGCGAAGUAAACACGAGGAAGUCACGGUGCACUUCUUGAUGUCUUUUCUUCAAUUCGCUUUGAAUCUCUGCCUACUACAGGAUGAAGGAGACCGAGAGGUGCGACCGCGGGUCGAACGCCUAAAAGCUACGAUCCGUGUUGCUGGGAUACAUGAUGUUGGUGCUGAAGAUGAUGGUGGAAUUUGCAGGAUGGAUCGGCACGCCCACGGUUGGAUAAUGGGACACCCAUACUUGGCCUCCAUCGAGGCGAAGAGAGCGUUUAAAUAUAUCCACUUCGACGAGCGUACGGGAGAACAUAAGCCAGUAGUGUCAAAUGAAACACUGGCUCAGUACAUUGGCGAAGCGGUGAUAUCAUGGCGAGCAAACCGAGAGUUCCUGGGCCAAGAGUAA